AUGAUAAUCUGUGGUCCUGGCCCAAUCGAAGAAAAAUUACCUGGUACAAUAGGUCGAAUCCGCAAUCACGAAGAUCGGUCUAUUCUUGAAAUCCAGCAGCAACGUCAUACUGCGACUGAAAUCAAAAAUUUGAUUCAAAAUUUUCAAGUCAUCUUGAAAAUAGAUAGUUCGAGUGGUAAUAUAUCGCUAAAUAUAGCGUCUGUAGGAUUCUCAGGGGUGCGAUCCUCCUCGCUAGGAACCGCUAAAUCCUCCGCAUCUGCCGAUUAA